CGAGCAGUGAACUAAAAGAAUCGAGCCGGCUCCUCUCCUGCUGCCCAUCCCAGGAAGCACACACGCCAGUGACGCGCCGCAUCGCUGCGUGUUUGCCGCACAAUAUUAAACCAGUCAUCGGCGCCGUGCAAGCACACACGCACACUUCCACUCACGGACUCUGCUGUCCCGACACCAGACAUAAGCAUGUCCGCGCAGUCCGGCGAGGAGCUCGGCUCGGAUGGGAAAUGGUUCGGCGAGGACUACAGCGGGAGGUAUGGGAACACGGCGACUCAGUUCGACGAGCUUGGCGACGAACUGAAGCCGAGAGGCGGUGAGGCUGCGGACGAGCUGGUUCAACAUUUUCAUCCGUACCAGGACGACGGGAAAAGGCCCCCCGUUACUAUGGAAACUGCAUCUACAGGUGACCCCAUGUCAAGCCUGUUUAGGAAUCCUAUGAAUGAUGACGGUGACGUGUACACCUCUCUGCUGUCCAAUCAAAGCUUUACAUCUGGACGAGAAUCAUCCUACCUGUCCGACCAUGUGAAGGUCUCCUCUGGCUCCCCCGGCUUAGACCACUUCUCCACUGACACUUACAGCUUCAACUCUGGCACCAAGAAGACCAUGUCUGACCUGUCCCAAGACAUGCCCAAGUCUCUGAUGGGCUUAGAGAAGACAGAAUCGUACAACUACAUGGAUAUAAGCCACGGGGAUGAGCAACACAACCACAGCCUGGUGGACACAGGAUUGACAGGGAGUGAGUCACUAGGCUGCUACAUGGAUAAAAACUCUGGAAGAGAUGAAGAGGAAGAGGAGGAGAAUUUAGGCCCAGCCCUGGGCUCCCACUCAUUCCCCUAUGUGGAGGAGCCAUCUGAUGAGGAACUGUCUGACUACCGCUCUUACCGUAAUCUGGGUGGAACGCCACAAUCAGCCAGUCCUGUAAAGAUCACCUUGACCCAGUCGCAGCCACCAGCAGCCAAGGCUGAGCCUCAGCAGCUCCCCCUUCAGGGCAGUGGGGCUGAUCGAGAGAACAUUUUGAGUGUGGGCCUAAGGGGGGUUCCUACUGUCACCCUGUCAGAACCAGAGGAUGAAAGUCCAGCAUCCACCCCUAAUGAGUCACCUACACAAAAAGACUUCUCCUCCCAUGACAUGUUCAACAAUGACCCAGUGAAGCCUGCAGCUCCCAAAAGUGGUCCAGGUCCACAGGCAGGCUACAGAGACCAAGAGGGUAGCAGUGCAGAGUCCGGAGACUCUGAGAUUGAGCUGGUGUCCGAGGAGCUUCCCAAGGCCAGCAGCAACCCGUUUGCUGAGCCUCCUAAAAUCAAGGCUGCCUUCAACCAGUCCAGCAGCCCCUUCGACAACCCCCCAGUGUCUAAGGUUGGUUUUGGUCUGGCUGGAAACCAUGCUCCACCUACAACCUACAGCAUUCUGCGUGAAGAAAGAGAGGCGGAGCUUGACAGCGACCUCUUCAUUGAGUCUGCAUCAGAGGAGAGCCCGAAGAGAGAGCAGGGCGUUGGGGCCUCCAAACAGGGAGCCGUGAGCCCUCCCUCUCCCCUGGUUCCCAAUGCUCCUCCUGCCCGCAUCACCCCGACUGAGCCCCCUGUCUCAGAUAAGGCCAAGACCCAAGUCAAAACAGAGGAAGAACGCCUGAACAAGCCCAAGCCUCCGACUGCUGCUGUUCCCCCAGAGGUACGUCCAGAGAGGUCCUGUCAGGAGGACAAGAACACAAAUGAAGGCAAAAUAGACUUUGGGAAGUCGGCUGCUUCCUUCCUCCUGAAAGGGUUAAACAAAGAAAAAGCUAUUGACCUGCUCUACUGGAGAAAUGUAAAGCAGUCGGCGGCCGUGUUCAGCAGCGUGCUUCUGCUCCUCUUCUCCCUGACCCAGUUUAGCGUGGUCAGCGUCGGGGCGUACUUAGCCCUAGCCGCCCUCUCUGCCACCAUCAGCUUCCGCAUCUACAAAUCUGUGCUCCAGGCUGUGCAGAAAACCGAUGAAGGGCAUCCUUUCAAAGCCUACCUGGAGAUGGAAAUCUCUCUAUCCCAGGACCAAAUUAGCAAAUAUGCCGAAAAGAUCCUGGUUUACACCAACACCUGCAUGAGGGAGCUGCGCCGGCUUUUCCUCGUUCAAGAUCUGAUCGACUCAUUGAAGUUUGCUGUGCUGAUGUGGCUCCUGACCUAUGUUGGCGCUCUCUUCAACGGACUGACACUGCUCAUCCUAGCUGUGGUCUCCAUGUUUACCAUGCCAGUGGUCUAUGAGAGACAUCAGGCACAGAUUGAUCAAUAUGUUGGACUAAUACGGACCCACGUCAACUGUGUGGUGGGAAAGAUCCAAGCAAAGAUCCCUGGGGCCAAAAGAAAGGAGGAGUAGACCUCAGUUGACUCACGGAAGAGGCUCACUCACCCUUUAAGAGCCUGGUCACCGUCACGUGGGGCGUCAUGCUUUUGUCAUCUUGGUGUUCUCUGAAAGCAUCCACUGAAGAAGCCUUCACCCUGCCAUGUACACACUAACACACCAUCACAUAUAAACGGCACUAGGUAGACACGUUCACAACUCCAAAAACUAAAAAAGAAUAAGACAUUUUUUGUGUUGCUUAUUCUAAAGUGCAUGAAGUCGAGCCUUGGGUAAAUAUUUGAUAUCUUUUGUGAUGUUUUUUGAAGGCCACGCUAGAGUUUUGCUUUGCAGUGCUCACCACAAACUAAUUGGUGUGGCACAAAAAAUAAAUGAUUAAGCUGAAGUGGUCACAGUCUUGCUCCGUUGCCAAUGUUUGCUGCUUCAUGUUCAAGUAAGCAGAUGGGGCUUCUCUCAGUAUAUGUCUAUAUAUAUAUAAAUAUCAACAAUAAUUUCCUUUUGGUGUUUCCAAGCACAAACUAAUUUAAGAAUAUGCGUCUUAGAUGUGGUAUUUGUAGGGUUUUUGCUUUUGUAUACCAAUAGGGAACAAUACACCCGCUCAUAUUAUGGGUACUGUUGUACAACUACUAUGAAGACAAGGAGUAUCUGCUGAUACUAAUCUUGUUUGAAUAACUGUCAAACUUUGUACUAUGUUCUACUAUACUCUGUAGUUCUGUAGACCCUGGACUCUUACUAUUUGCACUUACACUAUGUAUUUAAUUACCAGAAUAAGAAAAAUAAAUGUACCUUGAUGGAUACCA